UGCUUAUUGUGCAUCCAUCGAGUAGGCAACCGAUAGGAAUCUCACAGAUGAUCAUUAUUCUGAAUGCCAAUAGGCUGUUUGUAAGCUUGUGUUCACACUGACAGGGUUAAGUUUUCACACAUUUAUUUAUACCACAGGAAGUUCAGAUACAGAGGAAGUCAUUUUUUUAUAUUGUCAGUCGUUUACAUCAUAGGUAUAUACAGAUACAUUAUUGAGUAUCAGCAUAAAAACCUCAUGCUAUCGAAGGCAUGUCUCAGCCUCCUAUUGUUUCUUUUUCGAUCAACUUGUUUGGGUGUAGAGAAGGAAUGACACGACAGUUUUUGUUUCACCUGCUUUUGAAAGCUGUUCUUCUGUAUGAGACUUUGGCAUGGGAAGUGAGGAUGCCAAAGGAAAUUCAUGGUCUCAAAGGUUCCUGUCUGGUUAUACCAUGUUCUUUCUCCUACACAUCGUAUCCACCCACCAACCCAAACAGAGUUGUGUGGUAUCAGUGGGUCUCUAGUGGUUACCCUGUAGUUUAUGAUCACGAAUAUCCAUCUUAUGUAAUCGACAAGUUCAAAGGAAAAACUGCUUUAUAUGGUAAACCUUCAAAUAGGGACUGCAGUCUUCUCAUUACACACCUGGAUCAGUCCCACCAUGGAGAGAAAUUAUAUGCAUGGAUUGACCCAGACAGUGUUGGAUGGCGCACAUACAAGUUUUAUGAUGUCACUUCCACGAUUCUUGUGGACGCAAGCCCACAGAAGCCCACCAUCAAUGUUCGUGGAGGCGCAAUGACCGGUGACACCAUAACAGUGACAUGUGAAACCUACCACACCUGUCCGUACAGCAAACCAAACAUCACUUUGAGUGGUAUAGAAGGAUCUGAUAAAAUACAGGACAUUUUUGGAAAGGGUCAAUGGAAAAUCACUCUGACACGCACGGGUGUCGUGAAAGCUGAGCACUUGGAUAUCGAGUGUAUAGUGACACAUUAUGGAGGAAUAACAACAAGAGCUACAAAAUCACAAAGUGCAAAAUGUAACUAUACAAAAAUAGCCAUUGAGCCUGACCGUGCGGAUGUCAUAGAGGGCGUUGCAAAGAAGUUCACAUGUACCAUCGACCAUUCCUGCCUGAAGAAUCCUCCAACCAUAUCAUGGAACUAUAAGAACAUGGAGGUCUCAAACAGUAACAAAACACUUUCAGAGCUCAAAUCAGCCACCUCUUCCACCAUAACCUUUGUUAGUACAAAAGAAGACCAUGACAAGAUGUUGAAAUGCAGUGCAAAUAUUUCGGGGAAACCCAUUGAAUCAUCUGUUACUUUACAUGUACAACAUUCUUCUACAGAGCCUCCAAAACCAGCGAUUCCUGUCCAGAAUCCAACCCUUUCCCAGGGUGAGGCUGAAGUGAUGACCUUUGACUGGAAGACCACUGGGCUUUACAUCAUAGUCCCCUCAUCAGUUAUCUUGCUUCUCAUGUGCACACUUGCUGGAGUCUGUACAUACAAGAGAUGUCACAGGCCGCAUCCUGAUGAUAUGCAUUAACAGAGGUAUGCAUAACCAAUUUUUUUAUUAUGAAUUUUUUACUUUCAAACUGGGCCACUUCAGACUUAUACAUUAGCUUUUUAUACAUUUAAAAAUUGUUUAAGUGUUAUUUUGAUAUUCGUGAAUGUGAAUUUCUAAAUGGUGAUGUAUUAAUGUAUUAAAGUGGGCGUAAAACACAGGGUUUCUGUCAAUCUCAUAUACAUCCUAUAGAGUAGUAUUGCAUACUUUGUAUCUUCGAAGAGUAUUUGGUUUGAUCACAUUUAUAAAAGAUAGAUACAGCUUAAGGUUUGGUUUCGAAAACAUACUGCGCGUGCGGGGGGAGGGGUAGGCUGAACCAAAGCACGUGCGCACACAUUGUCGACAAAACACAGGCAUCAGUUGCACUCACCGCAUGCGGUUCAUGUCCGGCAUCUUUUAGCGCUGGGACGAGUGGGGUCUGUCUGCGGAGUGCAAGAGAGAGGCGGAACUGGUAAUGGGUGUAACUUGUAAUUGGCGUAACCUGUAAUUGUCCAAAUCACACGGAACAACGCAAGAUAUAAAAAACGUCACAAUGUCGGCAAGAUUGCGGGUCGUAUAGAUUGAGCGGUAAGAAUAUUUUCCCGAGUUAAAGGUUUAAAUUUAAUUAUUUAAGUAAUUUUCAUGCAAUAGUAUAGUAACACACAUAUUGGUAUCGUUUUGUCGACAAUAUAUUAAAAUUAGGGCUGUCACCGUUAAACCAUUUUUUUGUGAAUGAGUGAAUGGGUGGGGAAGUGAAUGAGUGAAAAAGAAUAAACAGAUGCAUA